AUGAAGCUGCUGAGACGCAACUUCGACAAUGAGGGCGGCGGGGAGGUGCGCGUGGAGGCUGUGGAGGCCGAGGACAUGUGGCAGCUGUACAACCUAAUCCACGAAGGCGACGUGGUGAAGGCGAAGACGUCGCGCAAGGUGCAGAGGGAGACGGCCACCGGCUCGCAGGUGUCGGAGAAGGUGAUGCUCAACCUUGCCGUGCGUGUGGAGGACAUCGACUUUGAUCCUGAGGGCUCAACCAUUCGCCUCAAGGGAAAGAACGUGGAGGAGAACAAGUUUGUCAAGCUGGGACAAUACCACACGCUGGAGCUUGGACUGCGGCGUGCGUUUACGCUGCGAAAGACAGAAUGGACCUCUGUCGAGCUGGAGCGACUCGAGCUGGCCGUCAACCCAGUCAAGUCUGCUGAUCUUGCAGCCGUCCUCAUGGAGCCAGGUACGGCAAACGUGUGCUUGAUCACCACAAAUAUGACGCUUGUGCGCGCCAAGAUCCUCGUCAACAUUCCCAAGAAACGCAAGAUGAACGCAUCCGCACGCGACAAGGCGCUGACACGCUUCUUUGACGAGGUGUUCCAGGCCAUCCGCAAACACAUCGACUUUGAUGUUGUCAAGGCAGUCAUACUCGCCAGCCCCGGCUUCCUCGCUGAGGACUUCUUGAAGUAUAUGUUGGCAAAGGCGACGCAACAUGACAUUGCAGCUAUCAAAAACAACAAAGGAUGCUUUAUGACCGUCACAUGUCCUUCGUCGCACGUGCACGACCUCAAGACUGUGCUGGCAAAUGAGGAGGUGCAAGCGCGCGUGAAAGACACAAAGGCGGCGCAAGAAGUGCAUGCGCUGAAUGCGUUCUUUGAGAUGAUGAGCAAAGAGCCCGACCGCGCAUUCUACGGCUACAAGCACGUGCUCUUGGCGACGGAGAAGCACGCUGUGGAGACGCUUCUCAUCACAGACUCACUCUUCCGCUCGAACAACAUCGUGGAGAGGAAGAAGUACGCAGCCCUCGUUCUCAUCACAGACUCACUCUUCCGCUCGAACAACAUCUUUUCGAGCUUACACGUGUCUGGGGAACAGCUUGCACAAAUAAGCGGGAUUGCGGCGAUCCUGAGAUUCCCCCUGCCGGAGAUUGAGGAUGAGGCGGACAGUGACAGCAGCGAUGACGAUGAUGGCGACGAUGAUGAUGGCGAUGACGACGACGACGAAGAGGGAGGGGAUGGGGAUGGCAGAGGGCUAGAGUAG